UUUUUUUGAGGAAGAUGAGCCCUGAGCUAACUUCCAUGCCAAUCCUCCUCUUUUUGCUGAGGAAGACUGGCCCUGAGCUAACAUCCAUGCCCAUCUUCCUCCACUUUCUGUGGGACACCGCCACAGCAUGGCCUGACAAGCAGUGCGUCGGUGUGCGCCCAGGAUCCAAACCUGGGCUGCCAGCAGUGGUAGCGAGCACUUAGCUGCUACACCAUGGGGCCGGCCCCUUCCAUGGGGUAAUCUUGAGUACAGACUUCUCUGGGUCCAUUUUUUAUGCCAUUAUUCAUAAUGCCUACAUAUAUAUCAUACAAAUACCAUGUACAAAGCUAAUAGAGAAUGAGGUGGUUUGUUUUUCUCCUAGAUUAUAAGUUUAUUGACAGGUGAGACCCUGUUUUACCUGGAUGAAGCCUCAUAAUGUCCAGCACAAUAUCUGGCACACACAUGGCACUUGUAAACCUGCUGAAACCUUGUGAUGGCUCUGUUUAUUGGCAAGUUUUCCUGGAUCCCCAGGGGAAUGUAAUCAUUGAUUUUCUCAAAGACCCUCAUUAGGAGGGGUAUUCCCUGUCUUGUGGUUUCUGGCCUGGGCGGUACUGGAGGGGCACAGCAGCAUGGUGGUUUAUGACUCUGACAUUCAGCAUAUGGUUGGAGGCCUGGCCCAUCUAAGGGUAUGAUUUAAACAAAAACUGGAAUUUUAGGUCCAAGAAAUACUAUUUUACAAAAUACCAAUGUGUGUCAUUAGUGUGGGUCCUGUGAGACAUGGGUUUGGUUGGUGUUUGAUGUGUAUUUGGCAGCCAGUGUGGGUUCAUGAAGGACUAGGAGAAAUUAGAAUAAAAAUUCUUGAACAUCUGAUAGCGUUUUCCAGGAUUGGAUUGAGAAUUGGAACUGGGUUUGGUAGGGCCGACUUAGGGGAUGCUUAGAACAUUGCUCUCAGGUUAAGUUUUUACACAAGCCAUGUAUACUAAACAUAGGAUUUAGUGGUUGUCUCAGCUCCAGAUUUGAAAAUGGGGUGUUUUUCUUUUUUGAGUUGUGUUGCAGUUUAAAAUUCCAGUCUUGUAAUUUCUUUUAAAGUAUAUUUAAGUCAAUUGCUGAGGCCAAAGAAAUUUCCAAAAUUAAAUUUACUUUGCUUGAUACCCCCAUUUUUUUAAAGUCCACAUCCAUGAGGCCUUAGGGUCGUAUUUAUAAAAUUCUUGAUGAAAGAAAAUUUCCCAUAUGUUAACUUUUGUUAAAAUGAUAUAGUAGUAUGUCAAAGUACUUCAUUUCCACCUGCAAUCUUAAUGUGACUGAUGAGUGUUCUCACGAAAAAUUCUUUUAGAAAUUCAUAAUUUGGCCGUGAAAUCAACUGUGUUCAAACUAAAGCUUAGAAAAUCCUUUCAUUCUUUAUGAAACUGAAGGAAAGUUUCUUCCUUUCCAAAUUAUUCAGGCAAGAACACAGUUUGCCCACAGGUGCUAUUUUUACAUAUCCACUGAAAAAGACCAGGGACAAUACCUGUGGCAUUCGCAGGACCAGCACUUUCUACAAGAGUGUGGUAGAAGAUGGAAAGAAAAUGAGAACAGUGUAUGGUGACCUCCUCCUCCGUCCACACUGAGGAACUUUCCCAGGUGGUGGGUUAUGGAGUGUUGCUGAAUGAUUCUUUCAACUUUUCUGUAUGUUUGAAGUUUUUCAUAAUAAAAUGUUGAGGGGAAAAAAGAGAAAGAAAAGAAACCAGGCCAUGUGAUGCGGAUUCUGUUUAAGGGCGCAUCUACAUGGUAUUUCUCGUCUCAUGCGUAAAUACAGACAUCAGCACAGAAAUGUCUGGUCUCUUCUGUCCUGGUUGGCUUUAUAAUUGGAAUGUUUGUGGGACAUGUGGUGCUUACGCCUCCGACUAUCUCCAGGAGUGGGGCUCAAGGAAGCCACUCCUCACCGCGGUUUCAGCGUCCUGUGGUGAUGUCCUGUGGUGGAGGUGACUGUGUGCGGGACCAGCGGUUUAGACUUCACUCUUCGAGGGGACUUUGCUCAGCUAUCCGCACCCAGUCCUGAGGUCCAGUCUUUUCAUUGUGUAUCUAUGUUUACAAAGGGAACCAUUGUUUGGACACUAGUUAGCUAGAUGUGAGUAGUUAGAUGACUUUUUUUUCUCCAUUUUUUUAAUUGAGGUAAAAUAUACAUAAUAUUUAUCAUUUUAACCAUUCAUAAGUGUACAAUUCAAUGGCCUUAAAUGCAUUCACAUUGUUGCUGCAAUCAUCACCACUGUCUACUCAAAACGUUCUCAUCAUCCCACACAGAAACUCUGUACCCAUUAACUAAUCACUGCCCCUUCCGCCAGCCCUGGUAAUCUGCGUUCUACUUUGUCUCUCUGAAUUUGCCUAUUCUGGGUGCCUUGUGUAAGUGGACUCAUACAUUAGCUGUCUUUUUGGGUCUGGCUUAUUUUAUUUAGCAUAAUGUCGUCAAAGUUCAUCCAUGUUGUAGCAUGUGUCAGAGUUUCGUUCCUUUUUCUGGCUGAAUAAUAUACAAUAGUUAUGCAGCUUUUUAUGAUAGUUGUGUAAACUUCACUCUGGAACAUUUCACUUGGGCCUGCAUCUUAAACCUCAGAGAAGGAGCACUGCUGUGAUUCAGUGCCUUCCAUGUGCACAGCUUUCCUGCAUGGCCACUGUGGUGGCAGGUUUUGUCACCAGUUUAGGGAUGAGGGGACAGAUGCAGAGUGAUAGGUGACUUCCUGUGUUCAUUCAACAGGUGCUGCCUGGGGCGAUGUGCCUGUAUGACAGGCAGUGAGUAGGGGUGCUCACAGUGCAGAUAGUGAUGAUCUUCAAAAUGAAGACUCUGGACAAUUUCAGGUUCUCUAUAGGAACUACAAAAAUUGAAGGAAAGAAAAUUUUCAAAAGGCAAUUGUUUUGAAAGUAUGUUUACAACUAACUGAUACUGUUGACUUUUUUUUAAAUAAUAAAACACUUUAAGAAGAUUGUAUUUAUGGUAAAAGGAAACUGGACUAACAAUGAGGCCAAAGACUUUUCCUGCCACGACUUAUUCUGGAAAUAGCCGGCAGCGACUGCAGGAGAUUCGCGAGGGGUUAAAGCAGCCGUCCAAGUCUUCCUCUCAAGGGCUGCCUGUGGGACCAAAUAGUGACACUUCUCUGGACACCAAGGUCCUGGGGAGCAAGGAUGCCACCAGGCAGCAGCAGCAGCUGAGAACCACCCCAAAGUUCGGACCUUACCAGAAAGCUUUGAGAGAAAUCAGAUAUUCCUUGUUGCCUUUUGCUAAUGAAUCGGGCACUUCCACAGCUGCAGAAGUAAACCGACAAAUGCUGCAGGAAUUGGUGAAUGCAGGAUGUGACCAGGAGAUGGCGGGCAGAGCUCUCAAGCAGACCGGCAGCAGAAGUAUUGAAGCCGCCCUGGAGUACAUCAGUAAGAUGGGCUACCUGGACCCGAGGAAUGAGCAGAUUGUGCGAGUCAUUAAGCAGACUUCCCCAGGAAAGGGAAUCGCACCAAGUGCUGUGCCACGGAGGCCGAGCUUUGAGGGAACAGGCGACCCUUUCCCGCCCUACCAUGCGAUGAGCGGGGCAGCCUACGAGGGCACCAGCACACUGGAGGAAGUGCCUCGGCAGUACGUGGACUUUCUCUUUGUUGGAGCGAGCCCUCACAGUGUGCCUGGCGGCCAUCAGCACCAGCCCAAAGGCCAUGCUGCGAACCUGGAGGCCACAGGCAUGAAUUUCCCUGGGACCAGUCCCGGCAUCCAGGCCCUGCCACUGCAAGGGCCACACUACAGGCCACAUCUGCUGGUGCCGGGGGAGCCCCUGGGCUACGGCGUCCAGCGCAGCCCCUCCUUCCAGAACAAGACGCCGCAGGAGGCAGGAGUGUUCUCAAACCUGGCUGCCAAGGGCCCGGCGACGCAGCCAGGGGCCGGCCAUGCAUUCCAGCCAGCGGGAGCAGCGACUGGUCUGUACGUGCCACACCCACACCAUAAGCAAGCCCACCAGAUGCACAUGAUGGGCUCUCGGGGCCAGGUGUUUGCAAGCGACAGCGCCCCCCCGAGUCUGCUUGCUCCCUCUAGAAACAGCCUCAACGUGGAUCUGUAUGACGUGAGCAGCCCUCCUGCCCAGCAGUGGCAGUCGUCUACCUUGUCCCGCCGCGACUCUCUUCAGAAGCCGGGCCUGGAGGCGCCGCCCCGCCAGCACGUGGCUUUCCUGCCCGAAGGCCCUGUCCCCAGCAGAACCAACUCCUUCAACAACCACCAGCAGCAAGGGGCCGUGCCCCUCCGGGCAGGAGUGCCCAGCAAACCGGAGCCUGCCAUGCCCUCCCCCAACACCAUCACGGCCGUGACGGCCGCCCACAUCCUGCACCCAGUGAAGAGUGUAAGGGUGAUGAGGCCUGAGCCCCAGACGGCCGUGGGGCCCUCCCACCCAGCCUGGGUGCCGGCGCCCCCCCCAGGGGUGGAGAGUCUGGACUCCAAGGACGAGCACCCUCUGCCCUUGGGGGGCGCCACUGCGUACCCGCUGGACGUUGAGUACGGCAGCCCGGAGAUGAGGUGCCCGCCCCCGCCGUACCCGAAGCACCUGUUGCUUCAGAGCAAGUCCGAGCAGUAUGACAUGGACAGCCUGUGUGUGGGGAUGGAGCAGGGCCUCCGAGGGGGCCAGGCCGCGGAGCCCACCGAGAGGAACAAGAGCCACAAAAACGCCAAAGGGGAGAAAAUGGGGAAGGAUAAAAAGCAGAUCCAGACUUCUCCUGUUCCUGUUCGGAAAAACAGCCGAGAUGAAGAGAAGAGAGAAUCUCGCAUCAAGAGUUACUCGCCAUACGCGUUUAAGUUCUUCAUGGAGCAGCACGUGGAAAAUGUCAUAAAAACCUACCAACAGAAGGUCAACCGGAGGUUGCAGCUGGAACAAGAAAUGGCGAAAGCUGGACUCUGUGAGGCUGAGCAGGAACAGAUGAGAAAGAUUCUUUACCAGAAGGAGUCUAAUUACAACAGGCUGAAGAGGGCCAAGAUGGACAAGUCCAUGUUUGUGAAAAUCAAAACCCUGGGGAUUGGUGCCUUUGGAGAAGUGUGCCUCGCUUGUAAAGUGGACACUCACGCCCUGUACGCCAUGAAGACCCUGAGGAAGAAGGAUGUCCUGAACCGGAAUCAGGUGGCCCACGUCAAGGCUGAGAGGGACAUCCUGGCUGAGGCAGACAAUGAGUGGGUGGUCAAACUCUACUACUCCUUCCAAGACAAGGACAGCCUCUACUUCGUGAUGGACUACAUCCCUGGGGGGGACAUGAUGAGCCUGCUGAUCCGGAUGGAGGUCUUCCCUGAGCGCCUGGCCCGGUUCUACAUCGCAGAGUUGACCCUGGCCAUCGAGAGUGUCCACAAGAUGGGCUUUAUCCACCGAGACAUCAAGCCAGACAACAUUUUGAUAGAUCUUGAUGGCCACAUCAAACUGACAGAUUUUGGCCUCUGCACUGGAUUCAGGUGGACUCACAAUUCCAAAUACUACCAGAAAGGGAGCCACAUCAGACAAGACAGCAUGGAGCCUAGCGACCUCUGGGACGAUGUGUCUAAUUGUCGAUGUGGAGACAGGCUGAAGACCCUGGAGCAGAGAGCCAGGAAGCAGCAUCAGAGGUGUCUGGCUCACUCCCUGGUUGGGACUCCAAAUUACAUUGCGCCAGAAGUGCUCCUCCGAAAAGGAUACACUCAGCUCUGUGACUGGUGGAGUGUUGGAGUGAUUCUCUUCGAAAUGCUGGUGGGGCAGCCGCCCUUUUUGGCCCCUACUCCCACAGAAACCCAGCUAAAGGUGAUUAACUGGGAGAACACGCUCCACAUUCCAACCCAGGUCAAGCUGAGCCCCGAGGCCCGGGACCUUAUCACCAAGCUGUGCUGUGCCGCUGACCACCGGCUGGGGAGGAAUGGGGCUGAUGACCUGAAGGCUCAUCCAUUCUUCGGCACCAUUGACUUCUCUAGUGACAUCCGGAAGCAGCCAGCCCCCUAUGUUCCCAAGAUCAGCCACCCCAUGGACACCUCAAAUUUUGACCCCGUCGAUGAAGAAAGCCCUUGGAAUGAUGCUAGUGAAGACAGCACCAAGGCCUGGGACACACUCACAUCCCCAAAUAACAAACACCCUGAGCACGCGUUUUAUGAAUUCACUUUUCGAAGGUUCUUUGAUGAUAACGGUUACCCCUUUAGGUGCCCAAAGCCUUCAGGAGCAGAAGCUUCACAGACUGAGAACUCUGAUUUGGAAAAUUCUGACCUAGUGGAUCAGGCUGAAGGUUGCCAACCGGUGUAUGUAUAGACAAUGACUCGGCAUCCCCGACUCUGCUUCUUCAGAAGUCCAGGGGGCGCAUAGCUGGUUCCUUAACAGGCCAAUGGACGUUGAGGCCAGCUUUGCUUAAGUUAGUGCAUUGAUUACUUCACUUGAAAUUCUGUUCUUCACCAAAAAAUCCCAAAACAAACAAGAAAGCUUUUUAAAAAAGUACUCAAGUGUAGCAGAUCUUCAUUUCUAGAUUCUGGUUGAUGGCAGGAGGCGGGGCGGGGUGUCAACAUUGCUUUGAAUUGACUUUUGAGGACCUUCACUGCAUUAAAACAAUAUUUUUAAAAAUUUAAUACAGUUUAGAAAGAGCACUUAUUUUGUUUAUAGCCAUUUUUCUUACUAAAUUAUAGGGAUUAACUUUGAGAAAUCAUGCUGCUGUUAUUUUCUACAUUUGUAUUUUAUCCAUAGCACUUAUCCACAUUGAGGAAAAGACAUAAAAACUGAAGAACAUGUGAUAAGAAAUCUCUGUGCAAUAAUGUAAAAAAAAAAAAAAGAUAACACUGUUCUGAUGUUACUGAUACAUUUUAUUCACACAAUGGUUUUUCUUUUAUAUUUUUUCCCACAUUUCAAAAUUGUGAUAUAAUGUUAAAAGCUGCUUUUUUUUUCUGCUUUUUGCAUAUUAUAGUAUAUUAGAAAGUGUGAACAAGGUGAUUAUGUGGGUAUGAUUUCAGAUGUCUGGUGUGUAGAAAGUGCUGCAUGAGCAGGGUUUUUCUAUUAUAAAAUUACCAUAUCUUGCCAUUCACAGCGGGUUCUGUGAAUAUGUUUUUACCAAGUAUCUUUAAAUGAGAUGUUCUAGACAGUGUGCUGAUAACGUAGCGUGUGGGUGACUUCUUCGCUAUGAUUGUAUCCCUUAUUGUUUUGUUAAACAAAUGCAGAUGUGUAAAUGAGAAGUGAUUUUUUUGUGUGUGUCUUGGGUGUGAUUGGAUUCUUUUGGGGGUGAGCUUAAACAUUUGUCAUAUACUAAACUUGUAUACAUCAAAAGGGAUUAAUUUAGCUAUUCCAAAAAUUUUAAGUUAAUCAUGGAACUAUGUCCAUUUCAAUAGUCAGUAUGCUUUUUCGUUCUUGGUGUACCUGAUGUGUGGAAUCAGUGGCUGUGACCCUGCUACCAGCAGACUGCCCACACUGGAAGGUCUGCAUGACGCUGUUCCUCCUGCUGUCACAGACAGCUGAGGUGUUACCAUGAGGAGAUUUAGUAAUCUGAGGGUUCCUUCACAUUUUUGUUGUUGUUGUGCUUUGAAGUAUCAAUCUUAACUUGGUUUUAAAAAUACAUUUUUCUAAUCUUUGUAAAACAGCAAGGAUUAUUCAAAGUGACAUUGGAAUAAAAAAUAAUUAAGCCAUACAUAUUUUCUUAGAAGUGUAGAUGUAUAUAUAACUACAUAGAUAAACACACAAAAUAUUCCUUAUUUCAAAUUAGUAUGAUUCCUAUUUAAAGUGAUUUAUAUUUGAAUAAAAAGUUGAAUUUUUUUUGCUUUUUGAAAAAUCCAAUGCAUCAUAUUUUUCAUUGUAUUAUUCUACAUAUUUUUCCUUCAAGUUUUUAGCAUAAUGUAUCCAUUAUUUAGUAUAUAUCUAGGCAGCAACACUUAUAAGUUUAUCAGUGUCUAAACUAAAAACACACGAUUCCUGUGUACUGGUUUACAUUUGUAUGAAUGGCAACUUCUGGAGUCUGCUGUGCUUGUCUCGUGACUGUCAGUAUUGUCGCUACUUUAUAGUGAUGCCGUGUCAUUAUUUACAGCGCUCUGACAUACUUUCAUGUGGUAGUUUCUUUCUCAGGAACCGUUUAACUAUUAUUUAUUGAUAUAUCAUUGCCUUCGAAAAGCUUCUACUGGCACAAUUUAUUAUUAAAAUUUUUAAUCCAGA